GCAAGCAUUCCAUGCUGCCACAGGCAGCCACGAAUCGAGGGGAGGGUCAUCGAUUACAUCAACCACAGCAUGACACGCAAAGCAGCAGCGCAACGGACGGGCUGGCGACACAGAUGGCUGCCAUGCAGCAGUGUAUUCAAACCAACAGUGACCCUCCGCCCAUUCGAUGACAAGUCGGAUGUGAGCAUUCUGACUCCAUCACAGAGGUCAGCGCCGCACGCCUGAACUACCCGCACUUGACUGAAGAGCACUUCAUCCGACCUGUAUGUGAUGCAGUACGGGGGCGCGCAAAAGACAAGUCGAAUGAAUGGAUCUGCUCCAAAAGGAUGACCCGACCCGAGCACUCGUCAAGAACCAAAAGAUGAAAGCCUGGAAACCAAAUCCAAAGCCCGACUUCCAGCAAUCAUUCGAGGAGGUCUCUGACCUCUAUAGAGGAGCCAGCCGACAUGAGUGAGCAGGAGGCCGUCCGUCUGUUCGUCGAAGCUCUCCCACUUGAGACGAAGCGCCACAUACUCACUAGAUGUGUCGACCCCUGCACAUUCCAGCCCGUCAGGCAGCUGGGGGAAGACGCCCAAGUGGCCGUGGAACGGUUGAGCAAAAAGCGUCCACACAGGCGGGAUGCGAACGAAGAAGAGCGACGCCGAAAGAACAAGACCUUCGAGAGCCCCUCGAUGCGAGAUGAAUACACUUGAGCAACGACCUGACAGCAACGACAAGAGCAAGGCCAACCAAUUGGAUGCCUCAAAGCGAAGUGAUGAGCCACAGCUGUCCAUCGAUGCCAUCAGGGGAGACGUAACUGCUCUGAAGGAACAGAUAGGCGCCAUGAACAAGCAAGAAGAAGACAAGGUCUGCAGCACUAGCUCACAGGGACAGCAGGCAAUGGAAAGGAUGACCCGCAUUCUUAAGCAGGAACCAUUUCUGUGACAUAGCUGGACACAGAUGAUGGAGUUCUGUGACAUACCUGGACACAGAUGGAGGGACUGCAGGAGACGACCAGACGGCGGGCUGCCUUACCCAAGUAGCCAGUGCGGAAUUCGUCCUUCGUAGCGCGGGAGGGCUCGAAUCGAUCAGUUGACGCCCUGUGAAGCUCAGCCAUGAAUCCUGACUGAGGAUUCCCUGUUACUCUAUGGGGGAGCUUUUUCAUCUAUGGACAUCUAUUGCAAUACCAGGAUCUGAGCUACCUAUCACACGACACUGGCCGAUCUAAGUUAACAACAACUCACCACUGGAUACAUCGCAUGUGCGAACCCACC